AUGUUCAUGGAUAGAGAGGCGCUGAUUCAUUUUGUUGGUGGAGCUGUUGGUGGAACUGCUGGUGAGUGUUGUUUUUUGACAAGGGAAUGGGAAAUCGUGGCGGGAACUGCUAUGUGCCUUUGAAAAUGAUAUAUUGAUUGGUUUUCGAAGGUGCAUAUGAUUUUCCUGGUCUCGAAAGAGGGAAUCUGCGAUUUCAUCAUGUUUUAAUGAGUUUUUUCGAUGAAUUUAAUGAAACUGUAAGAAAAUUGAUGAAAAAAAUCGUUUUUUCUGGUCGCACAAAGAAAAAUCGAUGAUUUCAUCAUAUUUUUAAUUGGAAAAGGAGAUGCGUGAAACUUUUGAGUCGAUGAUAGAAAAAAAGCAUUUAAACCUAUUUUCAGCAUAAAAUCUGAAGUAAACUUUUGUCGAAAAAACAUGAAAGUUUUCAAAACAAAAAAAAAACAUUUUUCCAGUAAAAAUAGAAAAAAUCCCCCAUGUUUUCUCCAAAAUAUUGUUUUCCCAGGAACCGCAAUCACAUGUCCAUUAGAAGUUGUCAAAACUCGAAUGCAAUCAUCUCGCGGUCUCGAUCCUUCCGCAACUUCUUCCGGACCAUCAACAUCAACCGGCAAACAACAACUUCAAUCUCAACCCAAAAGCUCUUCCGUAAAAUCGGAUUCGAUCACAAAAUCCGUUGGAAAUCGAUCGGCUUAUGGUUCGAAUUUUCGAAUUCGCGCACAUUUUCUCGCCGAUUUUGGCGGGUUUCAAAGGUUAUUUGGUGAGUUUUUGAGAGGAAAAGUUCUGAUUGAAAUUGGGAGAAAUUUAGGUUCAAGUAACGUAAAUUAUCUACUUUUUCAACAACAACAACAAUCGAUUCGUGGAUUUUCCACAAAUUUGGAGACGAAACCAGGAAGAAGGGGAUUUGUCGUUUUUCGGUAUAUUAAGUGAGUUAUUUUGGAGGUUUUGGAAUAAAAUUAGGCUUUUUGUCUUAUUUGACCCAAACUUGGCCUAUUUUCAGGCCUAUGCUAAUGCUUUUUGCAAUAUUUUGCCCAGGUUUUCUUAGAGGUCUCUGUCCGCAACUUGUUCUGCGCUCUUUUUAUCACUCAUUCUAACCAUUUUUUAAAAUUUCAGCCAAGUUGUGAGAACUGAAGGAAUUGGAGCACUUUAUAAAGGAUUGAUACCGAAUUUGAUUGGAGUCGCACCUUCGAAGUGAGUUUUUUUUUUGUCAGAUUUUGGAAGGGUUUGGAUUUUCCACGUCAUUUGAGAAAACCGUUUGAAAAUGGGAAAAAACCUUAAAUUUUUUUUUUUUGAAAAACUGAGAUUUUUGAAUCUGAAAUCUUGAACAUUUGAAAGUUUUGGACUAAAUCAAGAUCUUAAAUUUUCCACGUCAUAAGUCAUUUUUUGAACUCUCAAAACGCUCCUUAUUUUCCCAAACUUUUCAGAGCCGUCUAUUUCUAUACAUAUUCAACAUCAAAACGAUUCUGGAAUGAUUCCGAUUUCUUCGUCCCAAAUUCUGCAAUAGUUCAUAUGGUUAGUGCUGGAAGUGCUGGUUUUGUAGCUGCUUCAGCUGUUAAUCCAAUUUGGUUGGUCAAAACACGUCUUCAAUUACAUAAAGGACCAAUUGGUAUAUGGCCAAUGGUUAAACGAGUUUAUCAAAGAGAAGGGUUUAAAGGAUUUUAUAAGGUGAGCGUUUUUUUUUGGGGAAAUUUCUAUGGCUCUCCAAAAAGAAAAAUUAACCGAAUUUUUUUCUUCAAAAUAUCACUGUUUCAAAAUUACAAAAAAUGAAUUUGGUAGAUUAUUUCGCCUGCUUCUCUCAGAAUAAUUAGCUCAAAAAUUAACGAAAAUUUAUCGAGGAAAAUUUUUAUUUUUUCAAAAUUCCUUUGUUUCAAAAUUUUUAUGAAUACAUUUAGUUUUUUUCUGUUGCCACAAAAUUUUAGAGGAGAAAAAUCUGGGAAAAAUUUCACAGUUUCAAAACUUUUCUACAUAUUAGUAGCGAAUAUUGAAAAAAAACUUAUACUUGAAAAUGUUUUCCUAAUUCCUCCCAAAAAUCCUAAUCUCUCAUUUUUUGCAGGGUGUAACUGCAUCAUACGCUGGCGUUUCCGAAACAAUGAUACAAUUCUGUAUUUAUGAAUAUUUUCGCGGUGUUUUGCUAAGUCAAACCGAUUCGACCGAUAAACGAAAAAUGGAUUUUUUGAAUUUUAUGGUCGCCGGAGGUUCGGCUAAAUUUAUAGCCUGUGUUUUGGCAUAUCCACAUGGUGAGCAGCUUUUUUUGGGGAAGAAAAUUUGUAUUUCUAAUUCGGAAAUAACACAAUUUAAAAUGCAAUUUUUCACAAAAAAAUUUAUUAGAAGUUCUCUUUUUAUUUCAAGCAUUUAGAUUUUUCCCAUUUUUCAAUCAAGAAUUAUGUUUUUAUCAUCCUCUUUCAGAAGUUGUUCGAACUCGACUACGCGAAGAAUCCGAAGUUCAACGUGGAUUUUUCCGAACUCUACAUCAAUUGUAUAAAGAAGGAUAUCGGGCAAUGUAUCGAGGAUUGUCGGUUCAGGUGAGAAGCUUGGGAUAUUCCCAAAAUUUGGGAAAAGUUGUGAAAAAGCUGUUUUUAUUUUAAAAAAAGUUUAUUCAAAAACUUUAAAAAUUAAUUUGAGAAAAUGAUGAAUCUGACCCAAAUGAUAAGGAAACAUUGAAAAAAAUAUAAAAAAAUUUCACUGUUUCAAAAAAAAUUUUGAAGUUUAUAAUUAAUAGUUUUUUAAAAAUGUUCUGCGAAAAAAUUUAUUUUGAAAAAUCAAAUUUGAUUUCGCCGCUUCAAAGUUUUAAUGAACAAAUUUUGAGAACUCAUGUUCAAAAUUUGAAUUUCCGGUAAAAUUACUAAUCUAAAUUUAUUUUAUUUUAAAUUACUUUUCAAAAAUUUGAAUUUUACAUGGCAAGUUUGGCAACAAAUCAAUAAUUAAUCUUCAAAUCUCUGAAUCUUUCUAUUUUUUUCAGUUAAUGCGAACAGUUCCAAACACGGCUAUCACAAUGGGUACCUAUGAAUUUGUUGUCUACAUGCUCCAUCAUUCUUUCUGA